AUUGUUUGAAUGAGGUUUGGUGAGCAGCUUCACUAAACCUGCUCGACAAGCUGUGACGCAGUCGGCCCAACAGCAAACUGAACUCCCCUUUAACAGCCAUAACUGAAGCUACCGGGCUCAUUCCCUUUAAGUGAUAGUCGACCCUGCUGCUCGGCUUUUCUGAAGUUAUGUUUCCAGAGCGAGCGACACGGAGGCUGUAAGGCAAGUGUCCCACUAAAUAUGGGUGGAUUGGGAUGGUAAAAACAUGGCAUUAUCAGCUUAUUAAGCAGCUGUCUCGGACGUAUUGAUUCCUGUCUACGGUGAGGAAGCUGUUUGUGUGGUUAGCUUAGCUUCAUUAGCAACCUGAUUUACAGUUGGCCUCGUAACGGAUAAAUCUCAGGUUCGCUUUCAGGACAAAAAGUAGCGUACCUUUAUUAUUCUUGCUGCCAUUGAAAACCGAGUUAUGGUUAUUUUAAAGGAAUUAUAAUGUUGUUUUCUGGCAUACUUACCACUUAACGGUAACAUAUGGUCGGUUUGUCACCGUUUAGCCUCUGGCAGUAACUGGCAUAACGGCUAACAAGCUGUUUGGUUAAAGUUAAAGGUAUUUACUCAGCUAAUGGAAGCGGGCUGCGCUGUAUUAUAACUUACUGAAGUCUUUGGUAAAGUUGUGAGGAAAUUUCAAGUAUUAAUAGCUGUCAGAGAUUUCAUGUGUUGGGGUUAUUGUCCUGUUGACAUUCAGGUGUAGCAUGUUGUUGGUGUUGGAGAGAAGAAACACCUUAUUGAUUCUGUUAAUGCUUAUCGCAACAGCUCACAAUGAGCACAAUGGAAAUUAAGACAUGAAUAAAAAUGCAUGACAUGAUCAUGAAUCUUGCAAAUGUUAAAAAUAGCAAAUAGCAUUACUUAUGGACUGAUUGAAUGUUGCUCAGAAUAUUAUUUCAAGCUGCUUAAGUACACACAGUGGUAUAUUGAUAUACAGGGAAAUGUGAGUGAAAAGUACAAUGAAAAUGAAAUACAAUUGUGUGAUUUUGAAUAUACAGUACUAUGAUUAUAAGAUAGGAGAGAUAUAGUAACAUCAUAAUCUAUAACAUGCUCUUAUCUCAACUCAACUUUAUUUGUAAAGCCCUUUAAAACAACCAUAGCUGAACAAAGUGCUUUACAUAAAUACACAAAACAAUGCAAACAUAAAAAACAAUUAAAACAAUGGAUAAAAUAAAAGUAGAUAUUAAAAAGCAAAAUCUAUUUAACCAUAAAACACGAAAACAGGAGCCGAGUCUCAUGCACUCAUGUUGAAAGCCAAUGAACAAAAAUGGGUUUUAAGACGAGUUUUAAAAAUGGACAGUGUGGGGGCUUGUCUUAUUUGGAGGGGUACCUCAUUCCAUAAUUAUGUUAGUAAGAGUGAUGUUUACCUGGUGGUUUAAUGUUGAUGAUUUUAGGGGAGUACAGAAUAAUGAUAGUGUUAAAAAGUCUGGGUUUAGCUGAGAAAAGUUCGCUUGACUUUAAUAAUCCUAGAUCACUCAAAACAUGUCCAGAUCGGCUCCAAUCCAAUAGUUGAGAUCAGAAAAUCCCUAAAUGCCAUUGCACCCAGGUAGAGAAGAUACACACCUAUCCAUUGGUCAUAGGUGUUUGUCUCAAAAUCUGUAAAAAUGUCAUUCUUAUGCAAGUCUAACUGAAAAGGUAAGUAAAUAUAUUCAAUAUGAAAGAUAUGCAACAUAUUUUCUGUUCUAGUUGUUUUACGUAAACUGAAGAUUUUUAAGCUUUUGGAUUCUUUGUCUGACAUAUCUCAGAACUUCAUUGAGCAUUUUUACUCAUUUGGUCCAUAGAGUAUAAAGAAUGAAAUCAGUGAACUGGCGAUUAACUUAAGAAAUGAUGUAAAUAACAUUUACCACAGCCCUGAAUUAGUUUUGUUGACAGACUCCUUCAACUUUGCGUGUAUAUCAAAGCUCUUUUUUUUGGCACCUGGGCCUUCCCUGUCUUAAAGGGCUUUAUUUCCUCAGGUUAUCUCAAGUGUAAUGACUCCAUGUGGGUCAACUCAACUCAAAUAUCAACUAAAUAUUUUUCCUUCCAGCCAAGUUAAGUCGUGGGGUCUCUCAUUUUUUAAGGAGCCUACUGAAUCACAAGGCUGAGCAGGAAUGUAGCUUUAGGCCAGUUUUAUGCCGCUUUAUAAUGAAGCUCUUGUUUUCCGCUGUGUGUGUUUUCUGCUGAGAAAGCUCAGUGCAGGGUGUUAUUUCCUUUCCUGCUGCCUUCUGACACAGAAAGGAAGCAGAAACCGUCCACAGCUGCUGUCUUUGUAAAAAUCCCUGUUUGACCUUGAAGACAAGGAGUGGAACUGUAAUUUUUUGAGAAGUUUAACAUUCCUGGUGAUGAUUUUAUCGCUGUCUUCUCUGUAGAGAUCAAACUCUUCUGGUUUCUCUUUGCUUCAGUGGUCUGCUUGUGCCAUUUCUGGGAUAUGAGGCCUUGCUGAGCCGAUUUGAAAAUUCUCCAGGGAUUUUAGCAAUAUUUAAUAUCCAAAAAUACAAUGCAGCGUGUAUUUCACAGCCUCUUUCACACAUUUAUUGCGUCAGAUCAAAGCUUUGUUUCCUCUCAGGCAUCGGGACUUUUCAACACUUAGCCUGAGGUCUAAGUAAAAAUAAAUAAACUCAAAUUCUUAUGCACACAAUGUGAAGUGCCGCAAAAGUUGACUCUUGCUUUUGUUUGCCCUGGGUUUUGGCUGUCAGACUACAUCGAGUCUUGACUAUCUCAUGAGUUGAGGUUGUGAGCAGCACGAGUCACACUGAGGGCAAAGCUUAGGGCUGAAAAAGUACAUUAAUGCGAGAACACUGAAGCUUUUUUUCCUCGAUAUUAUCAUAAAAGACCUUUAAACGUAAAAAUUCAAGAUAUUCCAGUAAGGAAAUUUUUCUUUUAAGCGCUAAUGAACAAGAAAAGUUUUGUUUCUUAUCAAGGAAUUGAAAGCCAAGUCUAAGUAGAGGGUCAAAGUUCAUUCUUAAUGUUGUUUCCACCAUAACACUUAUUUCUCAGCUGCUCAAGAGCAUGUGGUGUGAUUCUUACAUAAGCAGGCUUACAAUGUUAAUAAUACGGUUGUUCACUGAGCUUUUCAUAUGAGUCAUGAUCAUUUUGCGCCCCCAUACUCUUUUCUUUUUGGUCUAAAAAUAUUGUAAAAUUCAAGAACAAUCAUCACAAGUCCCUAAAGGCCAGGCUGUUAUCGCUUUUUUUUUGGUACCCAACUUUCUGAAAACUGAACAGUGUUUAGUUCACAGUAAUAAUACAGUCGUUCCUAACAUCUGAUCGGCCAACACCAGACAAUUCUUGCCCAAAAAGUGUCCUAUAUGUCGAGCAAACCAUCAGUAUCAGUAACUUUUUAGAUCCAGCUUUGGUCUGUGGCCCGGCUGUGUGGUGGAUGGAGUUUCUGUUGUUGUGAAAAAGAAGGGAAACACCGAUUUUACUGUAAGAGAAUAAAGUGGAGUUGUUUAUCUUCCUCUUUUCUGCAGCUCUGAUCACUAUCAUUCUUGCUCGUCUUUUUGAAAGAUAGAACUGGCAUAUGUGGUUAUGUUCACCCCCGAAAAGAGGAAGUUGAAGCAGAACAAGCCACAAUAUAAAUCUGGUGUGUGUUAUUGUGAGGUGGUUACCACAGUGAGGAGAACAGCUCCUUCCUUUGCAACUAAAAGGGCAAAACAUUAUUUAUACUGAACUCAGAAAUAGGGCAGCAGAUAUAUAAGGAAACUGUGAAGAGUGAGAGGGGGGAGACAUGGGGCAAAAGUCUGUGGGUUGAGCUUUCUGCUUAGAAAAGGACUGCAGCCGCAGUACCUGAGCGAAAGUAAAGUAAAGCUACAGCCUUUUGAACUUGUUUUAUCAAAUUGUGCUCGUAAGCUCUCACCAGUACAGCAGAGUGCAGCUACAAAUGAAAUGUUGAUUUGAAGACUUAUAUUCAAACUUGAUAGAUUAAAAAAAGGUUUUGCAUUAUAACUGAUUAUACGCAAAGGUACAGUACAAGGAGAAACGUGCAUCUCUUAGUACAGCAUCCUCAAUUUACAGCUUCUUCCUGGGGCUCGGUGUUCAUGUUGAUUGCAUGAAAAAAACAAAACAAAACAGCAUUACAAGAACCAACUCUACUGACAGAAAGCAUGUUUGAGAAAUGUAUUUGGCGUAUGUUUUGGGUUUAGAGUUUUACCCAUGUCCCAUCUGUUAACAUGGAGGAGAUGGGCUUUAUAACCUGUCCUGCAUUCAGUCAGUUGGUUUUAGGAAGCCAUCAUACGAAGAUGUUAAAAAACCCUGUUAUUUUUGUGGGUCAGUCUCUUCAGCAUUUCCUGAUUAUAACCUGCAGUUUUGUUCUCUUUUUAGGUAAACUAACAAACACACAAGGCCAGUAGAGUCACCCUCGAUUAUGCCUCUGUCCGCCUGUUGACCCUCAAGCCUCCCGACACUCUGCUGUCAGAGGGAAGGAGCUGGAAACAAGCCAGCCAGCUAGCCAGCGAGCAUGCAGCAGUUGCCCAGUGUUUCCAGGAGGCGGCGUUGCUGAGAGGUGAGCGGUUGGAGCUGAAAGUGUCGCUGCCGAGCCAACCAUGGAUGACUUCACCACCAGGACGUACGGCACCAGCGGCCUGGACAACAGACCUCUGUUCGGGGAGACCUCGGCACGGGUAGGAGCCUGGAGGAAGCGUGCUCUGUGCUAGGAGACAAAUUAACAUAAUGCACUUUGUGUUUUGCUUUUAUCCAGUGUAAAUGUCACUGUUACACUGCACAAAUGAGAAAAAAAGUUUGAUUUAAGGUUAGAGGAUGAAAUCUGCUACAAUUUGGAGGAGAUCACAUGUACAAUGAUGGAUGUUUCUGUGAUAUGUAAUUCCAUAAAUGUAGCCUUGUUGUGUUUUAAGAACAGCCCACCUUCAUGUUUGUGUCAUUCUUUACUUGUACAAGCUAAUGCUAACGUAAGUUUUAUUUUAUGUAUCUCAGGGUUGAGUCAUUGUCUAUGCUCAUUGUUGUCUACAAGUCCCACAAAAAUACCAUUAAUCUACUUUUCCUUCUUUGCAUUUCAUACCAUUCUCGGAACAACAAAUGAGCUCCAAAACAUAGAGGAAUGAAUUAAAAUUGAAUUAAGAGUCAACAGUAACGUAAUAUACAGUAUAUUCAAGUAUUAGUAAGCGACACAAACUGUUGUUUUUAACUAAUCACGCGUGUUCAACUGUCUUCCCUGCAGGAUCGAAUCAUCAACCUGGCAGUGGGGGGAUUUACGACUGCGGUUGUUUUAGUGAGUACAAAUCUGCAGCAGUACAUCACAACAUACACAUAAUACUAUAUAAAUGAGGAAGGCAUCUCCGCCCCUGUCACACCUCAGCUGCUUGUAUUGGGUAGGUGGUGUUCAACCUUUGAUUGUCCCUCAGAGGUAGUACUAAAGGCAGAAAGGCGAGCAUGAGGAGGCGAUGUGUAACAUCUGAGUCAGCAGGGCAGAACAGCACUGUGUGUGUGUGUGUGUGUGUGUGUGUGUGUGUGUGUGUGUGUGUGUGUGUGUGUGUGUGUGUGUGUGUGUGUGUGUGUGUGUGUGUGUGUGUGUGUGUGUGCAUGUCUGAGUGAGUGUGUGUGUAGAGCUCUUGCUGCUUGUAAACAAGCCUUUGAGUGAUGUGUAACACCUGGGACAGCCAUAUUACACCUUUAUUGUCAUAUAGUUUAUGACGAUCAUUACAGGGUUGUGACCAAUCAGGAUCAAGCACUUAGUACAGCCAGGUAACAAGUAAGAAAGCAGGAUACUAAAUGUAAGUGAUCUCAUUUCUAAUCAAGGAGUUUCAAAGCAUGACAGAUGGCCUGAUUAUUGCACUGCAGCAUCAUAUUGUUACUACCUGUUUUAUGGUAAAAGUCACUGCUGCACAAAAAUAGACGUGAGUUACAGAAAUAUUCCCCUGAGUCUUCCUAAAUCAGUGAAAUCAGGAACAACGAACAAAGCUGCUCUUACUCACAUCUGAAUGACAAUGAAAAUAGAGUGCCAACGACAGAGGAAGUACUCAGAUCUGUUACAGGAGAAAAAAAAAAAAAACACAUCCUGGAAAGUCCUGGAUAAAAGGCUUGACCUGAUACAAAACAUCAUAAUUUUAUUAAUCUAUUUUUAAAUCUCUGAAUCUGCUUAUCUAUCUAAGGUAUUGGGUCAGAGAAUCUCAACUUCAGGGAGUGAUUGCAGAUGAAACAAAGACUCAUCUGUUCUUACCUCUACUUCUCUAAACUGAAAGUGUUUCCAACUCUUUUCUGUUUCCUGUUUUUGUGCUUUAAUUCAUUCACUUAACCAAACACAAGUUCCUUUUUAACAGUGUUAAACAAAUUAGGUUUUAAGGAGCUAUUCUUUGUCGUCUUUUAGUCCAGAUCACUUUGACAGAGAACAUUUGAAAUCCAUCUGUUCAUCCAUGUGCAAAGCUCAUGUGUCUUACAGGAUGUUUUAAACCUGUAAAAGGAUUUUUUUUAAACAUCAAAUGCAUUAAAGACUUGGUUGUCUCUAAUGAUCACUCCUGUUUUUUGUCUUCCAGGUGACUGUUAUCAGUUCAUUUGUUUUCCCUGCGUUGCCUCCUCGACCGCUUAAUGUCUUCUUUGCCAUCUGCAUCCUGUUGGCCUGUGGAUCCACUUUAGUGCUGGUAAUAGUUUUUCUCUUUACUAGAGGGAUUUUCUUUUUAAAGGCUUGAUCCGUUCAGCUGAAGACAUGACACUCAAUGUCAUUUUGAGAGAAGCAGAGCUUUGCUGCAACAACAGUUACUUCUUCAAUAUCGUUUCUGCUGUGUCAUGCUUCACUCAAAUUUCACAAAAUUCACUUUUUGUGUUUAUAUUUCAAUACCACUUUUAAAACGACGCCUUCUGCAUUAAUUUCCAUAGUUGAAACUGUUAAAAAAUAUUGAAUAUGAAGAAAAAGAUAGAGUCAAGUGCAUGUUUUCAACCUAAAGCUGCUGAUAGCAAAAGAGACCAAACAGUAGUAGUCCAGUUACAUUGAGAUGAAGUAAAAGGAACGAGUUCAGCUAAUUAAAGUAAAGCAGUGAAACAGAAAAUAACUCCUUAGUCACCAAUGUUACAAAUGUUGGUUGCUGUUCGGCUUUCAGAACCAGGUCUCUUUAAAGUGCAGUAAUGAAAAUAAGAUAUUGAUUUUAUAUUUGAUUUUUUUCUUUCUUAGAUCUUCUGGUAUCGGCAGGGCGACCUGGAGCCCAAAUUCAGGAACCUGAUCUACUUCAUGCUGGCGUCCAUCGUGCUGCUGUGUCUAUGUGCCAACCUGUACUUCCACAACGUCAGGUAGAGACGGCGACAAGCAGGAGGAGGAAGAAGGGAAGACAUGGCCUUGACAGACAGAUGGGAGGACUUGCACGGACGGACAGGAGCGAAGGAAACUUGUCACAUUUUUAAUGUGAAGGAGCAAAAUGAGGCAAACUGAAGGUCCUCAGACCAAAACCAGUCAAACUUGAUGAUUCCAGUGGAAGGAAAACUGUCCGAGCUGUUGGUGCUGAGGUGUGACAGCGGAGAAAUCAUGAUAGACUAUGAGGUGAAGGGUGAACUCUUUAAGGAAGCAGGUGUGUUUACAAGCACUUAAACAUUUACAGUCAUAUCCUUUCACAAAAACAAGCACUUAAACUAGAAAUAAUAGCUCUAAUAUGAUUAUGCAACAGUUAAAGGAAAAAUCUGCCCUUUAAUCCUGUUAAUUUAAACUAUUUAAGAAUUUAUGUUCUUGUCUCAGAAUAACUGCCAGAAAAAAGGGGCCAAAUUGUUGUUGUCAGGGGCAUUUUAUCACAUUAUAUCAUUAUCAAAGUCAUGCUAUAAAAUCAAAACAUAAUCUGUAUUUAUUUCAUUCUUCAGUGUUUGUUUUUCUGGACCGAAUUUUGAACAGCUUCAUUAUCCAAGUUUAAAAUCUGCUGCCUCAUUGCUUUACGGUGCAUUCAGGGUUUCAAAAUGAGCCACAGAAAACACAUUUAAAACAAGCUUUUUUUUUCCAUUUUUAAAUCAUGUUACAUUUUUUCUCAGUUGACUCUAUAUGGCCUCCUCCUCCUCCUCUCGCUGUACAAAACUGAUGCCAAAAUAAACCCAAAAUACUCCUUACUUCACGCACUUAGAUCUGGAUCCAGAGUCUGAGGCUGUGGUUAACCAAAGCACAGUGCAGGAGCUAUAAACCAUAACCAUUAAAAUUUAAACAACGAUUAAUUUACAUGAAUGAUAUAUGAAAGUUGAACCUUUGACUGCCGAUGAAACUGUCCAGAAGAGAUCCCUUGAAGAGAAAUCUACAUGAUAAAAAUGGAGUGACAGGAACCACAUUUAUCUGACCUGUAUUUUGAUUUUAUAGUUUGACUCAUGUCCCAUCUUUUAACACAGAGCAGGUGAGCCUUAUGAAUUGUACUGCAGUCAGUCAGUCAGCAGGGGGAGCUCUAAAUGUUUUGGCUUCACUUAUGGCGUGCUGUCAUGGCGCCCAUUCUUUUUAUCUCACUGCACUCUCAUCUUCCUUGACAGUAUAAUGUAGAGUGUAAUAGAGGAAUAACACCACCAAGGGCUCAUCUUAGUGAAUUUAAUCCUAUGAUACAGGAGAAUGGAUGGAGUCAAAAACGUUGGUUAAUCUUGUGAAUUUACAGGAAAAAUUUCUGUGAAAAGAAAGUCUAAAUCAAACUAUUCUCCCAUUUCUGACCAAAACUGAAGACAAAUCCACAGAGGAGAGUUCUUGGAAGUAUAUGUUACAGAUCUUUACACUAAAAGUCGAGCUUUUUGUCUUUUUGUCAAAGCAUCAGCAGAUUUCCUGUUUUUGUUAAAUCUUUGCUACGCUCUGAUCUGGAGAAAGGUGCUAUUUUGUUCCUACAAUCCUCUGAAAAUUUUACUGCUUCAGGCUCUUUGGAUCAAAAUUCACUGACAGUUUUUUAUAUUCCUGAAAAAAAAACACUUUCCUGAUAUCAAACUGAACAUUCGAAGUAAUGCACAGCACUGAGAAGCCAAUAGUUUUUUAACUAUGAAGAAUUUGAAGAGGGUGGAUUUUUCCUUUGACCAGAGUGGGAAUACUGAGCACAUAAUCACUGAGGGUUGAUGUCAGAGCCUCCCUCCCAUCAGUACUGUAGAUUGUAGCACGGGCUAGCCUAGCACAGCAAUAGCACAGCAGCUCCUGAGCUCUGUGUAGGAAACUAUAUGCAACAGUUUGUCGUUUCUUUCUGCUUCUUUUUUCAACUUUUGUUUUUCAGCUGAUCUGAUGAUCAGGGCUGGAUUUAGUGAAGUUUCCAAACUGAGUCUCAGUAAGAGGAUUUUUCUUUUUUUUUCUUUUUUAUUAAACUCAGAGACCCACUGCCAAUUCUGCCACUGAGCACUCACUAAUGGUUGUGUAAGCCAUAGACACACUGACACAAAAACACACACACGCACACACGCUCAGGCCAGCUGCACCAAUCACAAUGAAUGAGAGCGAUUCAUGUGGCUUUACACUGAAACUUCACAGCACACCAGAUCCUCACAUUUCUAUAUCACCAGGAUCUAUCUUCACAUUUCUAUAUCACACUGCCGUUUAAAAUUUGCACUAAUAACACUGCCAUUUACAAUCUCAAGCUUUGAUUUUCAAGUGUCUGUAGCACAGAGUAGCUUUAGGUUUAUUUUUACACCAAAAAACAAAGAACAAUAAUCUCAAAAAUGUUUGUUUCACUUUGUAUGAUCAGUCUUUUCAAAACAUCAAGGUUGUGUUGGAGAGUUCCCGCUGAUAGAAACUCUCUGAAGUCUGAGCAGCUGCUUUAAAGACCCUGGAUUUAAAACUAACACAGAGCUGGUUUCCAAAUGCACCUUUGCACCAAAGUUGGAUGAGUCUCUUAAACUAGCAGACUCUACGCACUGGAUUACUGUUUUAUUGAGAGAAAGCAAUAAAGAUACCCUCUGAGAGUUUGACUGGUCCAACUUUAAAUCCAAAAUCAUCAGAACUGCAAAUUUAUUCUUGAAGAGGCAAAGAAAAUCAAUAUCUGUUUGUGUUUUAGGAGCUCAAGUCAAGAGGUUUUUGGGUGAUUUAGCUCAAAAAUAGCUUUUAGUCGUUAUUCAAUUGGGUUUCUAUCAGGUUACUGUGGCUACUAUCAACAAUUUCCAGGUUUAACCUGAGUGCCAACUUUGGCAAAUUUUGGGGCACAUCAAAGCUGCCAAAUCUGUAAUUCAUCCAAGCAAAGAAUAAGGACCGAUACCGAAUUUUCAGGACCAAUACCAAUACUAAUUCCUUGUAGUUCGUGAAACUGGCAACUUAUAUUUGGAACCAAUACAGAUUAUCAGCCAAAUGCCAAAAAUUGGCUCCAGUAAUUGGCCAAUAAAUCUGUUUACCUCUAAUGACUUGCAUUUCAUCAGCCCCCUUGUGUCAAAUUUGCUGCUCAGGCUCCGAUUAUAACAGAAAAUAUUAACGACUCCUUUCUCAAAGCGUCUUUUGGUACAACUUCAAGCUGAUUCAGACAUUUUUCUCUUCUUACAAUGGUAGCAACUUGUCAGCCAAUAAAGAGAACUGUCUACACACGGGACCAUAAUUUACAACAUUGACAUCUUUACAUGUUGGAGAAGACUUGAAACUUCAGAUUAAGAUCAUGAACUGAGUUUAGGGAGCACAAUCACCAGUGCAACCAGUGGAGCUGCCCCCCGCUGGCCACGAGGCAGAAUGCAGUUUUGAGGCAUUUCUCCAUCUAUCAAACUCAGAGGCAGCAUCCACUUUUGUUUUUUUCUUACAGACAGUCAACUGAUGUUUUUUUUGGUGUCUAUGUUGGAGAACUUCCAAACAAACUUGCUGUGGACGUCUAAAGUCACGUCUUGUUUAUUCAAUUCUUGUGCAGCGUUUUCUCGUCUUGUUUUGCAGUAGUUUUGUUUACAGAUGAUCUGCAGUCGAACUUUUAAGUAAACACACAGUUUAACUGACAACAAGCAGUGAGCGACAAAGAGCUGGAGUGACAAAGAGACUAAAGGGGAACGAGCCCCGCCUUCCACCGGAGGAUCAAACCUCACCCACGACUUUAGGAUUGUCCAAGCCAUGAGUUUCUGUUUUUAUUUAUUUCAUCUGUUUUAUGGAAUAAAUAACUGUAUAUCCUGA